CAGCCUUAUGUGAGUGUGUGACCUAGUGUUGUUGGCAGAACUCGGCAGUUUUGCCAACCGGUCUGGCAAAACCGCUUGUGCCUGGUCCUGGGCAGAACUCACGCGAAAGGGGGUGGUAGAACCUGGCAGAACUCCAGGGUAUCCGAGACUCGCGGAGAUAUAAUUUAGAUCUCUGAUAACAAAGUUUGAAUUCAAGAGAACAUGAAAACCGCAUAAUGAUGGCGAAAAAACUCUCGGAUGACCUGCAGGCUUACAAUCAGUCACUAGCUCCAUUCGCUGGCGGCCAAGCGGACGGCCUUCCUUGGUGGAAAAACCUUCCAAUCAAUUCCGAAAUCCACCCACUCAAGGCCUUUUCUGUGACAAUAUUAAUCCUCUCAAUUGUAGGGCAUGCAGGCGAAGUAGAGCGCACAUUCUCUGAUCUCGGCACAACACAAUCCGCGCGACGGUGUAAUCUCUCAGUUGACACAUUUGAAACACUCGGCAAAAUUCGUGCAAACCUUCGACACCACAGCGCCGUGAAAGUCGCGGAGACUGGGAAGCCCACCCACCGUCGACAUGCUCACAUGCACACUCGUGAAGAGGUUGGCAUUGCUGUCGAGACUGCACAGGAUCUUGAAGCAUCCUUCGCGUGGGCACCUCCACUCUCGACCGAACCUCGCGAUGCAAAUGACUUGCUUGCUGGUCCAGAGAGUAUCUCGCCUGAUGAUAUUGCUGCUGAAUUUGCAGCUCUCAAGGAGUUGAAAAGGACUGAAGAAGUUCAUAACGUUAACGAAGUUGAGGUGCUCGAGGGAAAUGCACCGACGGCCGUUCAUAACUGCAAGCAGGGUUAGUACAUAAUGAUAUCAUUCAAUGGACUGUUGGAGUCCAGCUAGGGAAUUGUACAACAAUUUAAAUACAUAUUUAUUCACCGUAUAAUAUUGUUACCUUCUACGUAAUAUAUAUUGGCGACGGUACGAUCAUUUCUAUUAUAUACUGUCG